UGCCCGACCGCGGUCUCGGAUCCUACUGCAGUCUCUUAUUUGUCUUCCCCGUCAUUCUGCGCCGAGUAAAGACCUCGUGCACAAUCGCUCGGGAACCACAUGGUGGGAACGCCGUCGCUGCCUGUUGAUACCGAUAUAGUAGUGAGCACAUUAUCUCCGGUAUAAAAAGUCUCGUAUACUCAGCCGAAGAUCUCGAAAGCGAUGAACUGUUAUCGCGCGACAGUGCAUUCUUCGUGAAUUACCAAUGUUACAUGCUCUCACACUUGAGACAUACUUAACAUUUGUAUAUAUAAUUGCCAUUCGCCGCACAAGUAUACUCGUGGCGAGUGUGACAAACGCGACGCGUUUGUUGCAAGAGUAUACUUAUUGAUUAGUAUUGUUUUCGUUGAAAUAUUGUUACAUGAUAAGAUUACGGUGAAAGAGUGUUAAUGCCAUCGCGCAAAAAUGGAUUCGUAUAAUUACAGUAGGAAUGACCUGUCAGAGAUGUAUCUGACGUUUACCAAUUUGCCCGAAGACGAGAAUGAUCGUUUGAUCUUCGACUUGGAUUCUUCGGUCACCAGGCGAAGUAACAUUUUAACAAGCCGCGGUUGCGAACCAGCCAAGAAGAAAUGUUCGCUCGGUGAUGAAAGCGAGGAGAUUGACGGCACCGGAUGGUCGGACAAACCUAUUAGAAACUGGUGUCAAGAGGAAACGAUAAAUUGGCUUAUGUCAGCCGCAUCAUACAUGGGUCAACCUUACAGUUCUAUUCAACACAGCCUCGCCGUAUCUGGGAAAGAAAUUGUUAACUUUACGCGACAGGAUUUCAUCAACCACGAUCCUAUAUACGGAGAUCGAUUGUACGAUCUUCUUCACUCGCAACAAACAUCAAACUUAUUGCCACCAUUUGAUACCAUUCAGCCGCAGUCGGAAGAUGAAUAUGCGCGAAUCAGUUCUAAUAACAUAUCUGAUGCAGAGUCAGAUAACAGUGUCGAAGUCGUGACGAAGAGAUUGCCUGGCAGACCAAGGGUAUUAAAAACCAAAAAGAAUCCUACCAGUCAAGGAAAAUUGUGGGAAUUUAUUAGAGAUUUACUACGCAAUAGAGAAACAUGUCCUAGUUUAAUCUGUUGGGAAGAUUACUCACAAGCUAAAUUUCGUUUCGUAAAAAGUGAUGAAGUAGCAAAACGAUGGGGUUCACGGAAAGGAAAUACAAAGAUGACUUAUGAAAAGCUUAGUAGAGCUAUGAGGUACUAUUACAAAAGCAAAAUAUUUCUACCAGUGCUUGGUCGAAGGUUGGUAUAUCAAUUUGGACCAAACGCGAAAGGAUGGCAAACGGAUAAUCCAAAUUUCCGACACUGAAACGAUGCCAUUGAGAAAGAGGAAAUGUAAAAUACAAGAAUGUUAUCUAUUGUUAAGAAUCAUUGUUAAUGACUCUUUAUAUGCUUGUUGUACUUUAAAUGGCGACAAAUAUGGCUAUUAUAUCUUUCACAGCCGAAGACGUGAUAUAACAGGACGAAUCAUAAUGAUUAAAAGAGGAAAGAUAAAGUCUGAAGAAAAGGAAAUUUCAGUUUUUUCCUUUUAUAACAUUCACGUUAACACUUUGCGCUCCGUCCUAUCAUAAUUUUAUGUCUACAAUAUCAAAACUGAUCACGUGAUAAUUAUUGAAAAAAUGUGAGAUGCUAAAAAUAAUUAUUUAAGGAUAGAUAAGGCAUUCUAAAAAUAAAACCACGAAGAAUCGCACUUUUUUUUUAUAAAAAGGUAGAAAGGAAAGUUGCAGAACUUUUUCAUAAAGAAACCAUUCCUUCUCCA